GCCCCAGCAGGUGACCGCGGGGCGUGCGGGGGGCUCCGGGCAGCGAGCGAGCGAGCGAGGCGGGACGGCGCGGCGGGCGCGCCAAAGUCGGCCCAAGUUUGGCCGGAACAUGGCGGAAGGGUCCGGCCGGCGCAGCGGCGCUCGGAGCACCAGUGGCUGAAGCCACCAGCGCCGCGGGGCGAGGUCGUCGUCGCCAUGGCCCGUUGGAUCCCGACCAAGAGGCAGAAGUACGGCGUUGCGAUCUAUAACUACAACGCCUCUCAAGAUGUGGAGCUCUCCUUGCAGAUCGGUGACACCGUCCACAUCCUGGAGAUGUAUGAGGGCUGGUACAGAGGGUACGCCCUACAGAACAGAUCUAAAAAGGGCAUUUUCCCUGAAACGUACAUCCAUUUGAAAGAGGCGACUGUGGAAGAUGGAGGGCAGAAUGAGACCGUGAUUCCUGGGGAGCUGCCGCUGGUUCAGGAGCUCACAAACACACUUCGAGAAUGGGCCGUCAUCUGGCGCAAGCUCUAUGUGAACAACAAAGUCACACUAUUCCGCCAGCUACAGCAAAUGACAUACAGUCUGAUCGAGUGGCGCUCCCAGAUCCUGUCUGGGACACUCCCCAAGGAUGAACUAGCGGAGCUGAAGAAGAAGGUCACGGCCAAAAUUGAUCAUGGGAACAGAAUGCUUGGACUAGACCUGGUCGUGCGCGACGACAAUGGAAACAUCUUGGAUCCUGAUGAGACCAGCACCAUUGCCCUCUUCAGGGCCCAUGAAGUUGCUUCUAAAAGGAUAGAGGAAAAGAUCCAAGAGGAAAAGAGCAUUUUGCAGAACCUGGACUUGCGAGGCCAGGCCAUCUUCAGUUCUGUCCACACCUAUGGCCUCUAUGUGAACUUCAAGAACUUUGUCUGCAACAUUGGUGAGGAUGCGGAGCUGUUCAUGGCCCUGUAUGACCCAGACCAGUCCACCUUCAUCAGUGAGAACUACCUAAUUCGCUGGGGCAGUAAUGGGAUGCCCAAGGAGAUAGAGAAGCUGAAUAACCUCCAAGCAGUGUUCACUGACCUCAGCAGUACGGACCUCAUCCGACCACGCAUCAGCCUCGUGUGCCAGAUUGUCCGGGUGGGCCGCAUGGAGCUGAAGGAGGGCAAAAAGCACACCUGUGGGCUACGGAGGCCUUUUGGAGUGGCAGUGAUGGAUAUUACUGACAUCAUACAUGGGAAGGUGGAUGAUGAAGAAAAGCAGCAUUUCAUUCCCUUUCAGCAAAUUGCCAUGGAAACCUACAUUCGCCAGAGACAGCUCAUCAUGUCACCCUUGAUAACCUCACAUGUGAUUGGAGAGAAUGAGCCACUCACUUCAGUUUUAAAUAAAGUGAUAGCUGCAAAGGAAGUGAAUCACAAGGGACAAGGUCUUUGGGUGUCCUUAAAGUUAUUGCCAGGGGACCUCACGCAGGUUCAGAAGAACUUUUCACACCUGGUGGACAGAUCAACAGCCAUAGCUCGGAAAAUGGGCUUUCCAGAAAUAAUCCUGCCAGGGGAUGUGCGAAAUGAUAUUUAUGUCACCCUGAUCCACGGGGAGUUUGACAAGGGGAAGAAGAAGACACCCAAGAACGUGGAGGUGACCAUGUCUGUGUUUGAUGAGGAAGGCAACCUUUUAGAGAAAGCCAUUCAUCCUGGUGCUGGGUACGAAGGUGUCUCGGAAUACAAGUCAGUGGUGUAUUACCAAGUCAAGCAACCUUGUUGGUAUGAGACAGUCAAGGUCUUCAUUGCUAUAGAGGAGGUGACGCGCUGCCACCUAAGGUUUACCUUCCGACACAGGUCAUCCCAAGAAUCCAGAGAUAAAUCAGAGCGAGCUUUUGGGGUGGCCUUCGUGAAACUGAUGAACACCGACGGCACCACCCUGCAGGAUGGGAGGCAUGAUCUGGUGGUGUAUAAGGGUGAUAAUAAGAAAAUGGAGGAUGCUAAAUACUACCUGACCCUCCCUGGGACCAAAGCAGAGAUGGAAGAAAAAGAACUCCAAGCAUCCAAAAACCCAUCCGUCUUCACACCCAGCAAAGACAGCACGAAGGACAGUUUUCAGAUUGCCACCCUCAUUUGCUCCACAAAGCUCACCCAGAACGUGGACCUGCUAGGCUUACUGAACUGGCGUUCCAACUCUCAGAACAUUAAACACAACCUGAAGAAGCUAAUGGAGGUGGAUGGAGGAGAGAUCGUUAAGUUUUUGCAGGAUACGCUAGAUGCGCUUUUCAACAUAAUGAUGGAAAUGUCAGACGAUGAAACAUACGACUUCCUUGUGUUUGACGCGCUGGUGUUCAUCAUUUCGCUGAUAGGAGACAUCAAGUUUCAGCAUUUUAACCCUGUCCUCGAAACCUACAUUUACAAGCACUUCAGUGCCACCCUGGCGCAUGUGAAACUCUCCAAGGUACUGAACUUUUACGUGGCUAAUGCUGACGACCCUAGCAAGACGGAAUUGCUCUUUGCUGCUCUGAAAUCCUUGAAGUACCUGUUUCGAUUCCUCAUCCAGUCUCGGGUGCUCUACUUGAGAUUUUAUGGUCAGAGUGAAGAUGGAGACGAAUUCAACAACUCGAUCCGCCAGUUGUUUCUUGCUUUCAACACGUUGAUGGACAGGCCUCUAGAAGAAGCGGUCAAGAUCAAGGGGGCAGCCUUGAAGUACCUUCCCAGCAUCAUUAAUGACGUCAAACUGGUGUUUGAUCCCAUGGAGCUCAGCGUGCUCUUCUGCAAGUUCAUUCAAAGCAUUCCCGACAACCAGUUGGUCCGGCAGAAACUAAACUGCAUGACCAAGAUAGUGGAGAGCAGCCUCUUCCAGCAGGCAGAGUGCAGGGAGGUGCUGCUGCCGCUCCUGACAGACCAGCUUAGUGGCCAGCUGGACGACCACUCGAGCAAACCCGACCAUGAGGCGAGCUCACAGCUUCUAAGCAACAUACUAGAGGCGCUGGACAGGAAGGAUGUGGGCCCCACAUCAGCACAUAUUCAGCUGAUCAUGGAGAGGCUGCUGAGAAGGAUCAACCGGACCGUGAUUGGGAUGAGCCGACAGUCUCCUCACAUCGGCAGCUUUGUGGCUUGCAUGAUCGCCAUCUUACGACAGAUGGAGGAUGGCCACUACAGCCACUACAUCAGCACCUUCAAAACCAGACAGGACAUCAUUGACUUCCUCAUGGAAACCUUCAUUAUGUUUAAGGAUCUAAUUGGAAAGAAUGUGUAUGCCAAAGAUUGGAUGGUCAUGCAUAUGACACAGAGCAGAGUUUUCCUCCGUGCCAUCAACCAGUUUGCUGAAGUUCUCACGAAGAGUUUCAUGGACCAGGCAAGCUUUGAACUUCAGCUGUGGAACAAUUACUUCCAUUUGGCCGUAGCUUUUCUCACCCAUGAGUCUCUCCAGCUUGAAACUUUCUCAGAGGCCAAGCGCUACAAGAUUGUGAAAAAGUACGGGGACAUGAGAAAGGAAAUUGGCUUUAGGAUCCGGGACAUGUGGUAUAACCUGGGGCCUCACAAAAUCAAAUUUAUCCCAUCCAUGGUGGGUCCCAUUCUAGAAGUCACUCUGACCCCAGAAGUGGAGCUCCGUAAAGCCACGAUCCCCAUUUUCUUUGAUAUGAUGCAGUGUGAGUUCAACCUGAGUGGAAAUGGCAACUUCCAUAUGUUUGAGAAUGAGCUGAUCACAAAGCUGGAUCAGGAAGUGGAAGGUGGCCGAGGAGAUGAACAGUACAAGGUGCUUCUGGAAAAGCUACUCCUAGAACAUUGUCGCAAGCAUAAAUACCUCUCAAGCUCUGGGGAAGUCUUUGCCCUCCUGGUCAGCAGCCUCUUAGAGAACUUGCUGGACUACAGAACCAUCAUCAUGCAUGAUGAGAGCAAGGAGAACCGCAUGAGCUGUACAGUAAACGUUCUGAACUUUUAUAAAGAAAAGAAGCGAGAGGACAUAUACAUAAGGUAUUUGUACAAGCUUCGAGAUUUGCACAGAGACUGUGAGAACUACACAGAGGCUGCCUACACACUCCUGUUGCAUGCCGAGCUUCUGCAGUGGUCAGACAAGCCCUGUGUGCCCCAUCUGCUCCAACGGGACAGCUACUACGUUUAUACCCAGCAGGAACUUAAAGAGAAACUGUAUCAAGAGAUCAUAUCCUAUUUUGACAAAGGCAAAAUGUGGGAGAAAGCCAUCAAACUGAGCAAAGAGUUGGCUGAGACGUACGAGAGCAAAGUGUUUGACUACGAGGGCCUGGGCAGUCUCCUGAAAAAAAGAGCCUCGUUUUAUGAGAACAUCAUUAAGGCCAUGAGGCCCCAGCCUGAAUACUUUGCUGUGGGGUACUACGGACAGGGUUUUCCUUCCUUCCUGCGGAACAAAAUCUUCAUCUACCGGGGUAAGGAGUACGAGAGGCGAGAAGACUUCAGCUUGAGGUUGCUGACGCAGUUCCCCAACGCCGAGAAGAUGGCCAGUACCACGCCGCCAGGAGAAGACAUCAAGUCAUCCCCAAAGCAGCACCUGCAGUGCUUCACGGUAAAGCCUGUGAUGAGCUUGCCGCCCAGCUACAAGGACAAGCCGGUUCCAGAGCAGAUCCUGAACUACUACAGAGCCAAUGAGGUGCAACAGUUCAGCUAUUCCCGGCCGUUCCGGAAAGGAGAAAAAGACCCAGAAAAUGAGUUUGCUACCAUGUGGAUCGAAAGGACCACGUACACGACAGCCUAUUCCUUCCCUGGGAUCCUCAAGUGGUUCGAAGUCAAACAGAUUUCAGUCGAAGAAAUCAGCCCUUUGGAGAACGCCAUAGAAACCAUGGAGCUGACCAACGAGAGGGUCAGUAACUGUGUACAGCAGCAUGCCUGGGACCGGUCCCUCUCUGUGCACCCGCUCUCCAUGCUGCUCAGUGGCAUCGUGGACCCAGCUGUCAUGGGAGGAUUCUCUAACUAUGAGAAGGCUUUUUUUACAGAAAAGUACUUACAAGAGCAUCCUGAGGACCAGGAGAAGGUGGAGCUCCUCAAGCGACUCAUCGCCUUACAAAUACCCCUGCUCACAGAAGGGAUGCGCAUUCACGGGGAGAAGCUGACAGAGCAGCUCAAGCCUCUGCAUGACCGCCUCUCUUCAUGCUUCCGUGAACUCAAGGAGAAAGUGGAGAAGCUGUAUGGGGUCAUAACUCUGCCACCCAGCAUGACGGAGAGGAAGCCGAGCCGAGCAGGCUCCAUGGUACUGCCCUACAUCCUGUCCUCCACCUUGCGCAGGCUGUCUGUCACCUCCGUGGCCUCCUCGGUGGUCUCCACCUCCUCCAACUCCUCUGACAAUGCGCCCUCCAGGCCAGGAUCUGAUGGGUCCAUCCUGGAACCACUGUUUGAGCGCAGAGCUUCGUCGGGUGCCAGAGUCGAAGACCUGCCACCCAAAGAAGACAGUGAAAACCGGAUUAGCAAGUUCAAGAGAAAAGACUGGGGUCUGAGCAAGUCACAAGUCAUUGCAGAGAAAGCUCCAGAACCUGAUAUAAUGAGCCCAGGCAGAAAAUCCCAGAGGCCAAAGAGUCUCCAGUUGGUGGACAGCCGGCUGACACCAUUCCACAGCUCUUCACCCCCACAGUCUACAGCCUUGAGCCCACCUCCCCUCACUCCCAAAGCUACAAGGACCCUAAGCUCCCCAUCUUUGCAGACCGAUGGGCUGAUGGCUGCUGUCCCUCCUCCACCUCCUCCCAAAAGCAAGCCCUAUGAGAGCAGCCAGAGGAACUCAGCUGAGAUUGCACCCCCCCUGCCUGUCCGGAGAGAAGCCAAAGCCCCACCUCCACCGCCUCCAAAGGCUCGAAAAUCAGGCAUCCUCUCUUCCGAGCCAGGCUCUCAGUGAGGAUGUCAUCCUGGCUCUGCACCCCCCGAGUGCCUUGGACCGCUGUUGCCUGAGAAUGGCCCCCAGAAAUGGUGGCUUACUGUGCAGGGCUCCCUGCCAGCACUGCUUCCUGCACUGAGAGGAUCCUGCAACCCAGAACUGUUCUGUAGCCCACGGAACUUCCGGAACUGGCCAUCUGUCUGCAUGAAAAGUGCUCUCCUCUUCCCAUGAUGGCAUGUUGGCCUCAACCACCGACUUCCUGGAUCUGCAGAUGCCUCUGCCAGCAGUUCUGCGGUGACACAGGGAUAGCGGGGUAGAGAACAGCCCCUCUUGGAUUUCUGACUCCUCUUGGGUUUCUCAGUUAGCUUCUGAACAGCUGUGCUCAAGUCAUCUUUCCUUCCCUCCCGUCUGCGUCCCUAACAUGUAUUGCCUCCUGAAAGAGCCAGAUACCAAGAACACUCCAGGAGCUGCCAUGGUUCUCGUUCCCUAAUGCCUACUGUCUCCUUUGAGGGAAAGAGCACACGUGUAGCAGAGGUGGGCCACGCUCAGGUGUGGGCGGCUUCUCUUGAGAGGCUGGGGACUCACCCACUGGCAUUCUCCUGAUGAAUGGCCUUCUUCUCGCAAUGGUCACUUGCUGUGCCUUGGAUUCCUUUGAAGCUCGUUUGCACUCUGUUUCUCAUCCUCCUCCUUCCUCUGAGCCCAAAUCCUGGGCUCUAAGGGACCUAGGAGCUCUGGUUCUACCAGAUACAUUUCCAGACCCCGUUGGAUGGACGAGGUGGUGGUCUCUGCCUGCUACUUGAUUUUACCCUGGAGAAUACAGUGCAAUAUUCCCUUUGAUUAUUUAUUCCUUUUGAUCAUAGAAUUAAUUUGAUUGCUUGCUAAUGGUACUAAUGUCCAUAUACUCCUUUCAUAAGGAAAAAUUAGCGUGACUUGGAUGUCCAAAUAUUUUGUUCACAUAAAUGACCAUAAGAUGUAUACAUGUUUUGCAUUAGAGGGGUUUUAAAAGUCAUACACACACACUCUCAGUCACCUCAUUUUGUAGGUAAGGAAACUGAGGCUUCACACAGGAAGUGGACUACAGGCUUUUACUAAUAGCCCAGCUUGCUCACAUAGCGUGUGCCCGAGGUAGCAGGUAAAUUCAAAAGACAACCCUAACAAGGUUUUCAGUACCUAGCCCCGGUGAGAAUGGUAUGUGAAAAGCCUCAGAUAAUUCUGUCAGACUUGGGUGUUGACGGCAAAACUGAAAGCUUUCUGGACGAGGCUUGGGUGACCCUGGGCUUUCUAGAAUCUCUCAGUGACCUUGCCCUGAACCUUUUCUUCCAAGUUCAAGUGAGCGGAGGGAUUUCAGCAGUGAGAAUCUGCAUCUGCAUUUGCCUACCUGCCUCUUUGUUUGCACAGCUGCUUUCACCACCACCUUAAGACAGGCACACAUGGUUGGUCCCAGAGAUCAAAGAAGCAAAACCUAGAGACAUGCCUGGCACUGUACUAGAGAAGCUAGUAUACGUAUCCUAGGAAGCCUAUGAGAGUCUCUGUUCUUCCAUCUGGGAGCACCCACAUGCAGUCAUGGAAAACACACGGGCUCUGAAAUUUUAAGCUACUUUGGUCUCAGAUCCCAGGUGUCACUGGUAACUUUGCAUUUGAAAAUCUCCGAGUAUUUGUUUUAUAGGGUGUUUUGCUUAUGGGAUGCCAUUAAGGUAGAAUGGGUCAUGCAGUCAGUGACGUUCUUUCCUAGACCUGAGCAAGAUCUGAUACUGUUCAUUUUUCUUCAAGAUAUUUGAGGGUGAAUUCGGGUAUGCAGCUCUUCCCUAAAAAGAUGGCAGCUUUGGACACUAUUGGCAUGUAAUAAGAAUUGAAGGGUUUUGUUGUUGUUGGUUUGUUUUUGCAUGUUUUUGUUUCUUUUUCCUUGUUUAAAUGAAAAGAACCAGGCUGUGCAGAGAAGCAGGAAGGCACCAGAAGGGUACUAGAGGGCUUCCAUGGAGCUGGGAGCUUCUGAGAAGAGCCCUAGCAGACUGGUUAAAAGGAUUUGAAGAUGUCACCAUGCUUUGCAGGCUGCCAAUGAAGCACAGAAACUGGGUGGGAAAAGCAGAGCAAAUCUGCAGCCUGUUCUUGAAGACUCGUGGGAGUGAGCCCUCAGCUUGGUCUCUGAGCAGAGCUGGCCCUGUCAUUGCCCAGAUGUGCCAACCUCCCCACCACCGCCUCUUUUUGUAAGGAAUUUUUCUAUGAUCCCCUUUCCACAGUAAUGAAAAUAAUAGCUUUCAACUGCUUUGACACAAAGGACUGUGGGUGACGUAGGUAGGUACUGGUUUACAGGGCGCUGGGAGAUACACCUCUUUGGGAAGGUGCCUUAGGGUUUUUAUUGCUAUGACUAGCUUGUAUCAAGUUGACAUAAAAACUGGCUGGGACAGAAGCUAUGGAUGAAGCAGUUUAUUUGAAUAAGAGAAAAAAAAUCAUCUUUCCUAAAGUUGAACACUGCAGUGAUGUUUAACACAGAAGGGGAAAGAAGCUGAGGGCAGGAAGAACCAGUUUUUAUUGCCCUUGCGUAUAUCUCUGGGUUACUGAAAGGCACUAAAAUCAGCCCUGAGAUUGUCACGUGUUUACGAGUGAAUAUUCGUUGAAGGCUUGUGAGUUCGUGGUAUUGUUAAAUGGCUUUUUUCCCCUUUCCCUCUCUGCCGUGGUGGCUUGUCUUGCUCUGAGGUUCUUAUUUAAGAUUUCAUUCAGUAUAUGCUUGCUGAAGGCCACAGAUGUAGCUCCUCAGUGCACUCAGUAGAAACAGCCUGCUAUGCAAUUCACUUGGCUUGCUGUAGGAUCAGAAAGCCUGCACUCUGUGAAAAGGAAGCCCUGAGUUAGGCUGCCUCCUUCCUCUAUCUCCACCUCUUGCUUGACUCCAGAAAUGUAGUCAUUUCUCCAGCCAGGGACGGCCAUUGUACACGUAGCCACACUGCAGAUCCGUUGGCUAAAACAAGGUGUGUCACAGGAGGAGCCUCUGAGGUGGGAUGCUAACCACCUUGUCUCUUGCUUCCCGAGUUGAGUCUUUUUACCUGCUCCCAGAUUGAGGGGCACAUUUUCAUUUUGCAACUUAAAUGCAACUUAUAUACUCAGAUCACAGGAGUGCAGAGACACGGCUAGAUGGUAGACAUUCACGUGACCUUUUCUCAGACGUGACUCCUGGAUCCCAGAAGGUGCCUGAGUGCCUGGUGCACCAUUCUGUGAAACGUCCUUGGGAGGUGUUUCCAAGUUUGUGCCUUCAUCCCUCACACUUCUCAGGUAUAAUGAAAGGGGCAUAAGUCCCAACCCAUCAGCAUAAGACAGCAGAGAGGGUGUCCCAUAACACAAGUCGAUUUCCGUAUCUGUGAUAGAUCUGAGACUGCAUGGACUUGGUCAUGUUCUCUCUGCCCUGGCCUCUAUUCUGAGGGAACCAAAGGAAGUGAGAUUUUUGUCCAAAGGCUUUUGCUGUAGGAACUGGAAUCCACGUCUCUCAUCCUCAACUGGUGCUUUGAGCCUCCCAUGCCUGGCUAUCCUGAUCAAAAGAUUUGUGAAUAUUAAUGAGUCUGGCGUCUGUGUUUGAGAUAUUGGUACACCUUGUCCUAAUUCUUGCAGCAGCCUGUGGAUCAUAGUCUUCAGAACCACUGACUGGCCUGCUCAGCCUGGACUUCCAGUUCCUCACUUAGAAUCAGACUUUCCUUGUGUACUUUGGGCAGUGGGUGACUGCUGUUUUCUUGGACAUUUUCAUCCCUCCAUAAGUGUGUUACUUAAAAUUUUAAAUCUGAAGUGCUGAAGAUGGAGCUCCCUUGCUUAGCUCAUGUGAGGUCCUGGGUUUUAUUCUCAGUACAGCAAAAGGAGUAAAAUUUAAGAAGUGGAGAAAAGUGAAGCUUCUCUUUGGGUGGGUUCAGAGUCAAGACAUCAGUUGUUGCCUACGAGAGAACUAGGUCUUGGUUUGGAGGCCUUACUUCUAGCUGACUCUCCAGAGCCACUUGUAGUUGAUCCCCUACCUACAUAGCCAAGCUCAUUUCUCAGUCACCUCUUGCGAGUUGCUCACCCAGGGUCCUGUCAAAAUUCCUUCACCAUGAUUUUAUAACUAACUGGGUUUCAUACAUGGACAGUUAGAAAGAUGUGUGUUGAAGAGUUUUGUUCAUAUUUGCUGUUAUUUAUUUUGUAAAUUAAAAGUGGAAAUGUAUUUUAAAUUUAUUUUGUGUUCAGCUUGUUAUUGUUCUUAGAUUGAUAAAAUAAGAUCAUGGAUUUUAUGUUUGUUUGUUUUUUUUCCCCUAUUGACACUUCACCCUCCGGAUCUCUCUGGCUCAUUUUAUUACAAGAUCCUGUUGAAAUGCCUACGGUGGGGUCCGGGUGUCUGUCUUACAAGGAACUAAUAAAAUCUGCAGUCUGUUCA